AUGACUUCCAUUGUUACGAGUAUGAUAAGCUCAACCGUAGGCUUGUUGUGCGAUAAGGCUCGUGAUUCGACUGCGGCGAAACUGAAGGAUGGCGAUAUUACAGAUGCAAAAAUUCGAGAGAUCGUCGUAAGAGAGUUGGAUGACAUCAAGACGAAACUUGAUGGUCUUUCCCCCGUAGAUUUAUUCAGCAGCUACCGUUUUCUAAAGGAAGGUGUAGAAUUAAUGUUUCUCUUGAUAAAUAAAAGCUCGAGCAGAAAGCCGUGAAAAACCCAAUUCGAGAAAACCGCGGUGAAACAUCAAGAGUGUUGAGCGGUGUUGAGUGUGGGAUCUUAAACGAAGCUUUAGAACUUUCUCACGCCAUGGGAAGAAUGACAAUCAAUUUGGGUAAACAAUUGGAAGCCGCUAAACAGCGAUUUAAAUAUGCCCGUAUAAAGAGCAACCGAUGCUUUCUGUAA